AUGGCUGCAGAUGAAGGCCUUCUUGGCAGCGACAACGCUGGGGCGGGAGCUGCGCUUGGCAUCAGCUGCCGCUUCACCUGGGCUUCCAACAGCUCAGACAGCUCAGUCGUCUUGGAGCCGGUGGGCUUGGGAGCGCUGGCAGUGGAUGUUUCGGCAGCGGCGGCUACGGCGAUUACGGUGGCAGAGGUGGAGGUGACGGUGCAGAUCGACUGUCCACUCGGUGCCGGACAUGAGCAGCUGCACUUGGAGGCAAGGACACAACUACCCGUGGUGCAGCCAUUGCAGCUGCUUGCCCCCACUAUAGGUGCUUGCGCUGCUGUGGUGGAUACCGUUUCCCUUCUGGUGGGAUGCCAGUUGCACCUCGAGAGCAGCAAGUGGGGUCUGCAUGUCUGUGCAGGUGCCACCUCAUGCACGGCUGCCACUGGACUUCACCCUGCCAAGGUCUCACCUCCAGGCGCAACCAGUUGGCAACAAGUCCUGAUUUACAACUUGAGGAGGGUUUUCUUCAUUGGCGUCCUGUAG